UUGCAAUUUCUGAGCAAUUCUGUCCAGGUGACUGUGUCCAGGUUAUGACGACUAAUCCAAAGCCAAACAAAGCAUUUAAGGUCAAGGAGGAGUCGGGAGAAAACGCCGCGGUGCUGAGCGACGAUGAACUCGUCUCGAUGUCUGUGCGGGAGUUGAACCAGCACCUGCGAGGUCUCACGAAAGAGGAGGUGAUCCGCUUGAAGCAGCGGCGGCGCACCCUCAAGAACCGGGGCUACGCGGCCAGCUGCCGGAUCAAGCGGGUGACGCAGAAGGAGGAACUGGAGAGGCAGCGGGUGGAGCUUCAGCAGGAAGUGGCCAAGCUGGCUCGCGAGAACCGCAGCAUGAAACUGGAGCUGGACGCCUUGCGCUCCAAGUACGAAGCCCUCCAGACCUUUGCGCGCACCGUGGCCCGCGGCCCCAUCACCCCCAGCAAAGUGGCCACCACCAGCGUGAUCACCAUCGUGAAGUCCACCGAAGUCUCCUCCAGCUCCGUGCCGUUUUCUGCAGCGUCCUAA